AUAGCAAUUUGCUUGGCGGCAAAUAGCCGUUCACAUUUUAAGAGGCAAAUAUAUUAUGUCAUGUGUCGCUAAAACUGGAUUUUCUGUUUUUGUUCUGGCGCAGAUAUUCCGGAUCAUGGGAGUGUGGAUGGCUGUCGUAGCACGCGCCGCCGUGGGGCCCAGCUCGCGGUGGCGAAUUAUCUUCGGGGUGGGCAGUGUCCCGCCGUUCGUCAUGGGAAUCGGCAUGCUACUGCUGCCGGAUUCCCCAAGCUGGCUAAUCGUGAACGGAUGGGUCGCCGAUACCGCGUACGUCCUCAAAAUAACCUCUUCACCACUCGAGGUCAAGAAAAGAAUGAAAUUCCUAGCAAAGGCCGCGGAGAUCCCAGGCAGGGCGAUCCGCAGGAAUGUGGUCUAUUCCCCAAUUCCCGAUGACACAGACACGUGCGGGAAAACGUUCCGCAACCCUAACAACCUCAAACUCCUCAAACCAAUCUUCGCGUCCAUCCUCGCUCUCCAUUUCUUCCAGCAGGCCGUCGGUGUAGACGUCAUCACCUACGACACAAUUUUGAAGUUCGGCAUCUCGGACCCGUUCGGCCCAAGGGCGUACCUACUGGGCCAGAUCCCUUUCAUCUGCGGGAGCCUGCUUCCGCUUUUCGUCCCAUUGGUCGUGUCCGACGUGGUGGGCCGCAAAACGCUCAUUCUCUGCAGCAUGGCUGCGGUGGGAGUGUCGUUGCUCGCGAUGAACGUGCUCUGGUGGCCGGGAACUCCAAAAUCCUCAUCGGCCGGACGACUGCCACCGCCACACUGUACAAGUGGAGCUCGGUGUUGUUUCUAGCGUCGUUUUCGAUGGGCCUGGGGCCCAUGACUUGGGUCCACACGUCCGAGGGCUUCCCUUUUAAGAUCAGAGCCCAGCUUUUUGGGGUGAUGAUGACGUUCGACCAGAUGGUCAGCCUUGGGCUAAGCAAGACUAGAGUCGUCCUGGACACAAAGGUGAAGGGAGUUCCGAAUCUGUUUUUCGCCAUUAUCUUUGGUAUAUCUACGAUUGGGAUAUUGGUGUGUUUGAAAUGUAUCAAAGAAACAAACAAUCAGUCUCUCGAAGAAAUCGAUCUGCUGAUGGGCAAGAAGGUGGAGGAAGUAGAAGCACGAGAUCAGGAACAAGUAGUUGGGGCGGGCAUCAUUAAUGUCGAGUUAGUUCCGUUAGCUGAGCCCACUGUGUAAGUGGUUGUUGGGAAACUCGUCUUACUAAAUAAAGGAAGCACUAAUUAAUCAAGUUGUAGAAAUGCGUGGCAUCGAAGUGAAUCAUAAUACAACUAUUUACUUGAUUAAUUGCCCUGUGAUUGUGACAUGGAACAAUAUUAAUAAUGCCAAUAAUUAGUAAUAACCUCGUACGAGGACGAGGACCCUUUGUCUCGAUCGUCGUUUAACCCCACAUGUUUGACAGCUGUCUGUGAUUUCACAUCAAGGUAAUUAUAUAAGUAGUUUUGCUACAAAAACAAAAAGUUUCAUUUUGAUUGUGCACAUUCUGAUAAUUUAGGCAUGAAUUGAAGUUGUUGCUUCUAAGGUUAAUGAACUUCAGCUCCAUGGCCCUCUUUCCAUCAACGAUACCAUCAUUUCUUCCGGCUUGGAGAGAAUUAGGGUAUGACACAAAGCUUAGUGAUUGUAUGAAAGUUCUAUCUCAUGCGGUGUUUUGGUAUAUUUGGAAAGAGAGAAACAACCGAAUUUUUAGGAAUACCGAAUCAUCCUCAGUUGAGGUUUGCCACAAGAUUCGUCAUGCGAUUGGGAGAUGGCUUCGAGCUUUCAACCUUAUCUCAGAUCAGUUCUUUCAGGAAUGGGCGAGGAUUGGAGCUGGCUAACAGUUUGUUCUUUUUCUUUUGCUUCUUCGUGUUUUUUUUUUCCUCGAGACUUGUUCGGAUUUGCUCGUUUUGAGGGUUUUGAUUUUGGGUUUUGUUUUCUUUUCUUUUUAUUGUUCUCACGUUGGACCCCCUUCCUUUUUUUCCUUUGUCUUUGUCUUUGUCUGUAAGUUUCAAUGCCAUUUUUUUGGCAGUCUCCAUUCAUUUUUGCAAUAAAAAUUUCUUAUCAUCAUUCAUAAAAAAUAAAAAUAAAUAAAAACUGAUACUAAAAAAAAUAAAAAAAACUAUAUGCUGGCAACAUUUCUGAAUAGGGAACACUAGGGAUAGCAACAAAAUCCGAACCCACGGGUACCCACCCGACCCAACCCGGUCAACACGGGUUUUACCCGUGUUGACGGGUUUUGGAUCGGGUUUGGGUUUAAACCCGCUACACUAUUCAUUAGGUUGGGUUUGGGUUUAGGUAAACCCGACCCAUGGGUACCCGCCCACACCCAUAUAAUUAAUUUUUCCGGGUUAUUUGCAAUAUAUCUUUCUUAAAUAACUAAUCUUCUUUAUGUUUGUGGAGACAUGUCUAAUUUAUUCUUUCAAAUUGUGUACAAUGAAGUUGAUAUUAUGGAGUGGAGAGUGAAGAAGUUUAGUUGACAAGGAGGAAGGAGCUUUCAAUUAAUCAUGUUGUUUAUAGAUGUUUAUCUUUAAUUUGAACAAUUUGUAUUGAUAAUUUCGGGUUUGCUUGUAUGCUCUAGAUUAGUGUUUUUUGUAAGGAUAAUUUUUAUGAGAAAAUUGAUGUUAGAUUUUUAUUUUGAAAGAAAUUUGUUAUUGUAAA